UAAGAAAAUAUUAAAAGGAUGGGAUCAUGAGUCAAUACCCUCUCUAGAAGCCACGUCAAUCGAAGAUAUCGAGAUUUAUCUAGAUGAAGAUACCGCUAUAUCAGCUCUAAAAACGUACUAAACGCGUUCCAGUUGCAAUGAACGAUGCGCAAGGAAAUUUUUAUAGUGCUGUUUACUGUUUUUCAAGUGAUAGUUGGACAGAUAUUGCAAUUCGGAGAAUGCAAGGAUGUGAAAACUAUGGAGUUAUUCCAGAUUGAUAAGUUCCUCGGCAAAUGGUACGUAAUAGAGAAAUUCCCAAUCUGGUACGAAACGGACGGUCACUGUGCCCUCAAAGUGUUCCAGCUUUGCGGGCGUCGAGUGAGGAUCCAGAGCGGGUACAUCAAAGGUGACAUACAGUAUGUGCUUCAUGUAAACAGUUCGUACUCGUCUGGUGACGAAGCCGUGUUCCCUAUAGAAGCGAAUAAUGUAGACCCGGUCGGUGUGCCCCUGUCUGUUGUAUCAACGGAUUAUACGAAUUAUUCAGUGCUUUACGGCUGCAGAGUAAAUGGAAAUUUACAAUUGAAAUAUGUCAAUGCCUGGAUACUUUCACGAAGUACAACACUAUCAGAUGAUCUACUAGAACAAGCGCGUCACCAACUAAAACUGCUGCCUGAUGCCAAUACUGUGUAUUUAAAGAAAGAAGACCACAGUGAUUGCAGUUAUCAAUGGACUGCACAAAUACAUGCUGUUAAUAUAAAUAGUGAUAUUGAAACUAUGGACGAAACACAGGAAUGUAAAUAAGAUACUGUAAUAUAAUUUUGUACUGGA